GACAUUUUACAAAAAGUUUCUUUGCUUGAUGGGGUGUAGCGAUUUCUAAAAUUAAAUAUUAAGUUUAAAUAAUUGUUUAUCAUAUAAACGAUCUUGUAUUAUAAUUAAUUAUGGAUGACCAAGGAAGGAAAGUGAUCGUUUGCGACAAUGGAACCGGCUUUGUAAAAUGUGGAUACGCCGGCAGCAACUUCCCGGCGUUCAUCUUCCCGUCGAUGGUCGGCAGACCAAUCAUAAGGGCGGAAAACAAAAUCGGGGACAUCGAUGUCAAGGAUUUGAUGGUAGGCGAUGAGGCGUCUCAGUUACGAUCGAUGCUGGAAGUCAGCUAUCCCAUGGAAAAUGGGGUGGUACGUAACUGGGAGGAUAUGUGCCACGUAUGGGACUACACGUUUGGGCCGAGCAAGAUGAACAUAGAGCCCGAGGAAACCAAGAUAUUGCUCACAGAACCUCCCAUGAACCCCACUAGGAAUAGGGAGAAAAUGAUCGAGGUAAUGUUCGAAAAGUACGGAUUUGACAGUGCGUACAUAGCCAUCCAAGCCGUGCUCACACUCUACGCUCAGGGACUCAUAUCAGGAGUUGUCGUUGAUUCUGGUGACGGAGUGACCCACAUAUGUCCAGUGUACGAAGAGUUUGCUCUGCCGCACUUGACUCGGAGGCUCGACAUCGCUGGAAGGGACAUCACCAGAUACCUCAUCAAGCUCUUGCUGCUGAGAGGUUACGCGUUCAACCACUCGGCGGACUUCGAGACGGUGCGCAUGAUGAAGGAGAAGCUGUGCUACAUCGGCUACAAUGUGGAGCAGGAACAGCGGCUGGCCUGGGAGACCACCGUGCUGGUCGAGCCUUACGUGUUACCCGACGGUCGAGUGAUCAAAGUGGGGGGCGAGCGGUUCGAGGCCCCGGAGGCGCUGUUCCAGCCGCACCUCAUCAAUGUGGAGGGGCAGGGCAUCGCUGAGCUGGUGUUCAAUACUAUACAGGCGGCAGACAUAGACAUGCGCAACGAGCUGUACAAGCACAUCGUCCUGUCAGGGGGCUCCACCAUGUACCCCGGCCUGCCCUCGCGCCUGGAGCGGGAGAUCAAGCAACUGUACCUGGAGAGGGUGCUGAGGAACGACUCGGAGAAACUUGCGAAAUUCAAGAUCCGCAUCGAGGACCCCCCGCGGCGCAAGGACAUGGUGUUCAUCGGCGGCGCCGUGCUCGCCGAGGUGUGCAAGAACAGGGACAACUUCUGGCUCACGCGCGCCGACUACCAGGAACAGGGUCUAUCCUGCCUGAGGAAACUUGGUCCACGCGCUAGUUAAUGUCGAUUAGUAUUGUGGUAGACGCACACUGGGAACACCCCGUACGACACGUGGGGGUUGAUCUUUUUUUAUAAUAAUUCGUUGUAAUUAUGUGUUCUAAUAAAUGAACAUUAAGCAAACAGACGGUUGCGAUGCAUAUAUCAUUACUGGAGUUUACUCCUUAAGAAUCGACUUUUCAUAUAUAGGUAUGAAAAAAAUAUGGGCAGUAAAAUUCGAUAAACGAAUGACAGCGUUACGUUUUUUGUGCGCAACCUAUUCUGCGCACUUUACACCGUGCGCUAUUAAUUGGCGCGCACGCCGCGGCCUGCUGCUAAUCGGUUGCGCACCUUUCACUUUUUAGGCGUAAGUAUUGAGACGUACAUAGUGUAUGCUGCGGGGCAACAUACACCUAUUUAGACGGUCGAUCUGUAGAGUAAACUCCAUUCGCCGUCGUGACACACACUUACUUUUUUUUUUAUUUAGGCACUCACCUGUGUGUUUAAAAAUGAAAUCAUGAAGAUAAUUGUACGUGUAAUUUUGAGUACAGCAUUGCGCUUCAAAACUCAACCAUUACUUUAUUCUUUUAGACACAAUUACUCAAAGGGUGACACCCAAAAGUCCUUAACGAAUGGGGUGUUAAAUGUGUUUCUACCAUUAUUAUAAAAUGUAAAUUGUAAUUUUUGUCUACUUAAGAUUAUUUCCAAUACUUUAAUUAAUUAUUAUUAAAUUUAAUUAAUUAAUAAUUAUUAUUUUAUUUAAGAUUAAUUUGAACGAAUUACGUAAGCCUUAUUUUUUACUACAUACACAAAAUGUAUUAUUAAUGUGAUUGAAGACUUCUAACACUUAAAUUGAGUAUUUUAAACAUUUAUUUUAUUUAUCUAUAGAUUUUUUUAUUAUUUUAGUAUGAGAUUCCACAUAAGGUAGAUGAGUUUUAACCAACCUUUAGACAAUAUUGUGAUUAAAAAUUCAAAGUAGGUAUAACAAUUGUAUUGAUUUAUGAAAAUUAAAGAAAUAGUCAACUAAACUUAGCUCACAUAAUUCGUAUAUUCAAAAUUCGUUUAUUUCAAGUAGGCUCAGUUUACAAGCACUUUUGAUACGUCAGUUGACUAUUUGUAAAGAUUCUACCACCGGUUCGGAAGGCAGGUUCUGCUGAGAAGAAACCGGCAAGAAACUCAACAGUUGCUCUUUUAAAAAAAAUCAUACAAUAUUAUAAUUUACAAUUGAUGACAUUACAAUUUCUUAUAGUUUUACUUCCUGUGUGAAGGUGGAAGCUGAUCCAAUGGCCUCCAAGCAUCUUUAUCAUUAAGGAACUCAUCAAUAAUUUAAGUAAUUCAAAACUUCUUUCAUUUAUUGUAUAAUUGAAGUUAGUUUACGUAUUGUAGCAGAUUAUUUUAAAAAAUAUUCACGGAUGUUCAUGCAUAUUCUUAAAGACUGUAUAAUUUUGCAUUUAAUGUAUUUGUCUGUGAAUUUUUGUACACUGUCGUGUAUAAAAAGACUAUGAAAUAUGUAAAUGUAAUAAAACAUUCAAUAGUAUAAAAAA